AUGUCUUCAGACGAGAAUUUCGACAACAUGAGCGACUGGUCCACCUCCAAGGUGCAGGAGAAUUACUCCUACCUAUACCCGACCUCAGGUGCCGGUUCCCGUGAGGUCGAAUUCUUGGAUCGGUAUCGCGAGAAUGUUUCCUACCCGCCGACAGACUAUUCCAGGAAUAUCGAUGAGAAGAUAGCGGCGAGCACCCUAAAUGAUAGCGCUGCGAGAGAUCGGGAAGCUCUAGGCUCAGCAGGGCGAGACUUCGCAUACGAUAGUUCCGACUCCAGACACUGGGACUCGAAGCUCCAUCCUAGGUAG